AUGUUGUUCUCGCGGCGGACGCUGGCCGUCGUCCUUCUCGCAGCUGUCGUCCUCAGCGUUGUCCUCGACCUCGCCGAGGCAGCCAAGACAGGUAAGACGGGCAAGACAGGCAAGACGGGCAAGGGGGGCAAGGGGGGCAAGGGGGGCAAGACGGGCAAAAAGGCGAGGGUGAGCCACGUGAUCAAGCUGACUGCCAAGAACUUUCGUGAAAAGGUGCUCGACUCGUCCGAGACGUGGAUGGUCGAGUUCAUGGCGCCGUGGUGUGGCCACUGCAAGGCGCUGACGCCGGAAUGGGCGCGUGCUGCGGGGAAGCUCAAGGGCGUUGUUCGCUUUGGCGUCGUCGAUGCCACGGUCGAGACUGCUCUUGCCUCAAAGUACGGCAUCAAGGGCUAUCCCACCAUCAAGGCCUAUACCGGCAACGCUUUCACCAAGCGCUCAAAGUCGGGCAAGACGUCCAAGCUCCGCCGCAAUGUCGAGGACUACCAGUACGAGCGCAAGGCCAAGGCUUUGGUCUCCUUUGCCCGCUCCAAGCUGCACUCGAACGUCAUCCGCAUCAAGGACACGGCGGCCGCGCUCGAGAGCUACGAUGCCCGGCUCGGCGCCGAUGCCCCGCGCGUCGUGCUCUUCACUGACAAGAAGGCCACCACUGCUCUGUACAAGGCGCUCUCCAACGUCUUUUACUCGCAACUGGCACUUGGCGAGGUUGUCGCCGCCUCGCCCAAGGCCAAGGCCAAGAUCCAGGACCUGUUGGACGCCUAUGGCGUCGACUCGUUCCCUACCCUUGUUGUCGACCCGUCGCGCGGCGCCAAUCCGUCCACCGCGCUUGUCUACGACGGCGAGUUGACUGUCGACGCCAUCGCCGACUGGCUCCGUCCCCACGCCGGUGCACCAAAGGCGGAGGCGGAGGCCAAGGCGAAGCCCAAGGCGGAGGCCAAGGCCAAGGCAGAAGCCGAGACCAAGGCUGAGACAAAGCCGUCGCCGUCGCCGUCGCCGCGCAAGCCGCGAACCGCCAAACACAUCGACUCGCCGGCCGCGUUUGAGAAGCGGUGUAUCGGCGCGCGCGGUGUGUGCGUCCUUGCGUUUGUCGGCCUCGCGCCCGUUCCCGCUCCACCGGCACCGUCACCGCAGGCGCUCGACGGCCUCGUCGAGGACGAGGGCGCCGACGAGGGCCUCUGCACCAGCCCGCCACCAGACGGCGCGCCGACACUGCCGCCCGCGGUGGCCGAGUCACUGACGACGCUGGCCACCCACUUUGCGCGCGACCCGCUACGGCUCUCGUGGCUCGACGCGACGACCAACGUGGCGGCGGCGGUGGUUCUCGACGCGCUCCCGGCACCGGGCGAGGUGGCGCUCGUUGCACUCAAAACAGGAAAGCGCCCGCGCUACGCUGUCGCCCGCAUGCCCGAGGCCGAACUUGCGUCGGCCGGCCGCGCCUUUCUUGACGGCGUCGUCGGCGGCUCGGCGGCGUACACCCGGCUCGACGAUUCCCUUGCCGAGCUUGCGGCGCUUGUGGCCAAGCCCGCGCCGAGCGAGUGCGGUGCAUGA